AUGUCCCCUAAGGAGACCGACGUCUUGGCCACUCGCUUCAGCGGCCCUUUCCUGUACGAGAGUCUAGCAUGGCGAAUCGUAGAGACCCGUCGAAAGCUGUCGAUUGCUGAGCAUCCCAUUGUCAAGCAGUGGUUGGACGAGAAGUGUGGUGGUGAUGUGGAGCACAUGUGGCUCCUUCGAGGGUGUGUCUUUUACUCUUGGAAAGUUUUCCGGAACUUAUCGCGGUCCAAGACCCCCAAGUACGAGUUACUGGGCCAGGACCAUCCCAAGGGCUGGUGGGUUCAACAGGACUCUGAAGAGGUCCUCGGGGACAUUCUCAACUACUAUGGCGACAAUACCAAGUUUGCUAUGAUCACCCACAAACGGUACUGGAUGUCCCCUAGCGUUGGCUCCGAUGAUGGCACUGAGUUGGUGGGAGAUGAGACUAUCGGCAUUGAACCCGUCCCUUUGGUCGGUCUGGAGGGAAUAAUCAAGUCAAUUCAUGCCUUCACUGAGGCGAGCUCCAAGCGCCCUGUGAUGGUAGCAGUAUGUAUGCCUGAUGAUGAUAAUGAGGGUAGAUAUGUUGAAGUCAGCCGUGGUUUCAUCUUGCCUACAAAAUGGGUGGUCGAAAGGGACGUAUCGUCGUCCGAGUCAGAAGACUGUUGUCAUGUUGAGACGAGGAGCUGUGCCGCAUUCCAGGAGUCCCUGUAUGAGAUCUUGCGGAAGAGUGGUAGAGUAGACUCUAUAUUCGAGGCAGUGAAGGGCAUUGACCUACAGGAUGUUCGCAUGUGUGAUCAACCCAAGGCCCCGCCAAAGCUGAAGAAGCCUGAAGACCCUCUGAUCGACUUGAUCGACCGCAAGGACAUCCAACAGUGGAUUUGCUCGAUUAGUGCCUGGCGUACUGCGUGUAUUGCUCGACACCCCCCGAAGAAAUCUGGUCGCGGUCUUGGUCGGGCUCAGUCGCAGAGACUGCGUACAGCGAUAAUGUUCGACCUCAACGAGUUGAUGUGCGAGGAGGGUUCUCAAGCUGUGAGCGAUAUCGUGCUGAAACUGUGCUUGGAAGUGAACGAUUUGGGUCAGGAGGAGGUCCAUGCUAUCCUAGAGGCUGUCGAGGGUCUGAGGAAACACGGAUGGCGAUGCACUACAGGACGAAGCCUUCUAGUCACUAUCAACAAGUGUCUGGAUGAUGACUCUGUCUCUCCGAUGGUCAUUCAAAAAGUAUGUCGGUGUUUUGAUGUUGAACCCAGCAAGGUCUCUAUUGAGAAAGCAGUGGAACGUUAUGUUGCGGCUAGAGGUGAAGACACAGCUUACAUUGCUGGGCUCAGACUGUUAUGUCAACAAUGUAACAGCGAUGCUCAUAUGAAGGCUGCCCAAGAGAGGCCAGAUCAAGCACAGUUGUGGAACCCUGUGAAAGGAGCGAAUUUGCGUAUAGCAUCCCAUCACAGUCCAACUCAUUUGGAGCCAAUCGUUCGGGGAGAAAUGCCCUUAGUGACGUUAUCAUCGGAGGUUCCUGUCAAAUGGGUGUCCUCUGAGAUGGAGUUUGACGAUUGUGUGAGGGAUAUAUCACAGUACCGCACCAUUGGCAUUGACGUUGAGUGGAGCUCUGGGCCGGGGGCAGCCCUUUUCCAAGUCGCCUCGGAGGACACAGUGUAUCUCAUCGACAUGUUGGUGCCCGAGAUCAGGCAGUCGUCGACUCUCUUCUCAACGCUUCGUCGCGUCCGUAGGGUUCUUGGUUUCAGCAUUUCUGCUGACUUAGAACGGAUACCGCAGUUGAAGGAAUGCGGUGUUAUAGACGUCCAAGUAGACAAACGCGGGAGUCUCCAAAGGCACGUUGCUGGUCAGCUAGGGGCUUACCUAGACAAAACUGAGCAAUGCAGUGAAUGGGCUGACAGGCCUUUAUCGGAGAGCCAGAAGAACUAUGCUGCAUUGGAUGCAUAUACACUCCUCGCCCUAGACGCCCAUAUUCGGGGUGUACCUGAUGAUGGUGCCCUUGGGCCAAGCCUCUUUGAUUGA